AUGACCCCUGAAUUAAAAAGUACCAAACAGCCCCUGCAUUUAAAAAGAUCAGAUAUCGGAGUAUGUCUUAUACUCCUGGGAAAAUAUGAUGUGCCCGAUGAUGCUAAUAGUUGGGUUCUUAGGACAAUUGGAAAUUCAUAUAAGUUUUAUGGAAUAAAAAAAGAUGUGGCGAAACGUUGUUCGCGGGCAAAAGAAAUACGCAGGUCUCUAAAAAAUAUGCACAAGGCUUGUCCAAAAAGUUUUGCUAGAAUUUGUGACGAGAUGGAACAAAUGAAGAAGUACGAACAUCGAGAAGAUGAAAGUGAUGUCGUAGAUCCUUAUAUGAUUAUGAUGAAAAAAGAGUGAUGGAUAUCGUCGACUUUCUGGUAGAGGCGUUAGUAAUAGAUUGAUAAAAAAAGUGGGUGGUGGUGAUGCAUCAUACAUGAUUCCGGCGGGACUUAUGGAAUCAUUCAAAGCAAAUGAACUUGAAAGAAAUAAGUUGAUUGAAAUGCGGAAAGAGAUUCAAGAGGACCAUGAAAAAAAACAGGCCGAAUUAGAAGCUAUGCGAAUAGAUAUUAAAAACUAACAAGAAAACUUUGAAGCCAUGAUGUGAAAGUUGGCGGAACAACAACCUAGAGAAUGUCGAUAGUUGCUAAUAUGAUUUAUCGUCUAUGUUUAAUACACGUCUUGAAUGUUUUUAAUACUCUUUUUUUGUGAUUAUAGUUGACAACUUUGUGUUGACUUUGAUUUAUGGUUGUUAUUUUGAAUUUAGACAUGUCAAUGGAGACC